CUGGACGAUGUCGCGAUAACUUCGCAGUCUGGGUACAGAAAUGUUCAACACUGCUGUAUUAAUAGCUUUCAGAGCAUCGCAGACGCACAAGGAUAAAACAGACUGAUCGGGAUUUUUUAAUCUGAGUGUCGCGCCCAGUGCUGCGCAUGCGUUCGAGGGAGCCAUGAAGGUAAAGGUGAUCUCCAUCCUGGAGGAUAACUACAUGUACCUGGUGAUCGAGGAGCAGAGCAAGCAGGCUGUGGCCGUGGACCCUGCUGUGCCACACCGGCUGCUAGAAAUAGUGAAGAGAGAGGGCCUGUCCCUGACGGCUGUUCUCACCACACACCAUCACUGGGACCACGCUCGGGGGAAUGAGGCUCUGCUGAAGGAGGUUCCCGGGCUGAGGGUGUACGGGGCUGAUGAUCGGAUCGGGGGUCUGACGGAUAAAGUCACCGACGGUCAGGAACUCAAGUUCAGCUCCAUCAAUGUGAGGUGCCUGUUUACUCCCUGCCACACCUCUGGUCACAUGUGCUACUUUGUUUGGGAGGAUGAGUGCACUGACGCCCCUGCUGUGUUCACAGGGGAUACGUUGUUUAUUGGCGGAUGCGGGCGGUUUCUGGAGGGCACGGCAGAGCAGAUGUACCACAAUCUCACCCAGGUGCUGGGCUCUCUACCUCAAGACACGAAGGUGUUCUGUGGACAUGAGUACACCAUUAAGAACCUGAAGUUUGCCAUGCUGGUGGAGCCAGAGAAUGAAAAGGUUAAAGAGAUGCUGAGCUGGGCCCGGGCCAGAGAUGAUGAUGACAAACCCACAGUGCCGUCUACCUUAAUGGAGGAGUUUGAAUACAACCCUUUUCUUCGGCUAUCGGAGGAAGGAGUACAAAAGUUCACAGGGAAGACGGACCCUAUAGAGGUGCUGAGGGCCCUGCGGAAGGAGAAGGACAAGUUCAAGAAGCCCAAAGAGAGACUUCCUCCCCAUGCCAUGUUGGCUUUGGAGUGGGGGCUUCUCAGACCCUGAGCUCCGGCUUCGGAGCUCUAACAUACUCAACCAUCAAGGAGGAAUAGUUUCGAAUGGCUGAAUGAAGCAAGACACAAGACUGUAGCGUGUUUGUUCCUGCAUUUAACCAAUUCAUGCCGCUGCUGACCCCCAUGGGCGUGUGUGUUGUUUUCAUAAUUAUGAAACAACGUCUGCACAAAAAGGCCAGUGUAAAGCUGCUCUCAUUUAAUAUCCCUAAAAUUAAUUUAACGGCUGGUCUCCAAGUCUGAUAUGCACAAACGAGCUGCACCAGGUAAUACCCACUAAAAAAACUCCUGAGAUUUUAAUGUGUUUUGUGUAUUUGUUGCUUUAAAAAGCUGGUUUUGGGAGAAAAUACGCUUAAUUUCUUAAUGACUUAUUUGUAUUAGACUCUUUAAUUUCCUCAAUAUACACUUUUGCUCUUCUUAUAUGUUUAUUUUCUGUGUGGUAACCAUGUGACUUUCUGCUUCAGUUGUUCAUGUUAACUCUCAGUCCAGAGCUGGCACAGCGCUGUGGAGACAGGUCUGGUUAUGCAAGACUCUUUCCCUAUUUCAGUUUGAGCAUUGUGAAACCAGUAUAUUUCACAGUUGCGCUCUUGCUUACUUUUGCAGUUGAACGUGACAACUGAUUUACCUUAAAACACAAUUUAAGUAAAUUUGUCUAUAAUUUAUAGCCUUAUACUGAGUAUUUGGGAACAGAGGUCUGAUAUGUUGCACUCAAACUGUACAAGGGUAGAAAAAUCAUGCAACUCUGAUGGUAAACUGCUGCUUUUUAUCUCAAAGUUUACAUCCUCACUCUGCAAGAGCUUGUAACUGUACAUCAGUCAAGAUUAUUCAAUAAAACAUAUCAGUCUGAAUCAGUAAUCUUUAAGCAUAUUCUUCACAUCUUUUAAAAAGAACUUACAAAAUGAAUGGUUACAAUUAAAUAAUGUCUUUAUUUUUCUGUAUAUAUACAUGUAUAUAUAUAUACAUAUACACACAUAAUAAGGUUUAAUAAACAGGAAUGAUUAUAUUUUGCUGUAUAUUAUUUCAGAUCACAUUUUUGAAGUGUAACAGGUGCCACACAAAUUAAUAACUGACUAUUCAUACGUGUGAAAUGACAAUCAGCAGUGUAAGGACAAAUUCUCAGACCACAUACAUAAUUUGGCUUGACUUUCAUCAUUGUGUCUUCUAUCCACGCCUGGGUCUUCUACCUUUCCAGGCACACUAUGUUAAGUGGCUUAAAAGGUUGUUGGCACACAUCACACCUGCUUAUAUUCGACUUUGCUCACAACCCAGAAGUAAGCACAUGUAUCUGGACGGUUCUGUAUUCAGUGUCUGCUGUGCAAAAAUAAAAUUCUGCAAUAACAUCCAGUCUGCUGAUGGUGGAUUCCUGCAGAUGCAUUAUUCACCACUUCAUAGUGAGCCCGUUCGUCAUCUUCUCCACAGUGUGGUACUGUGUGUGCAGCAGCUCUUUGGCUCUCUGCUCCCCUACACUGCGUAGCCAGGACUGGUACAGCUCGGCCACACGAGAAUCAUCCUCAGGCGAUAGGGGGCGCUCUGCCUUGUAGAGCGCCUCGACCUUCUGGAGA